AUGGCGUACCAGGUGUUCGGCGGAAGAAAAGAAGAUGAUCCAUGGUUCUGGAGCAGUUCGAAGAAGAACAUUGCACUCAAGGCCAAGAAAUCAUCCAAGAAGAUUGUCAGCUCCAGUGAAGAAUCUGAAGACUCAUCUUCGUCUGAUGAAGAAUCCAACUCCAGUGACGAGCUUGCUCUGUUUGUGAAGAGGUUCAAUAAGAAGUUUGGAAGAAAAUUUGGAAACAAACUGAAGCAUCAAGGUGAAUCCAGCUCCUCCAAGUUUCGGAAAUCUGCUCAUCGGAAGAAAUCUGAUAUGGCCAAAAGAGUUUGCUUCAAUUGUGGCAAGCAAGGUCACUUCAUUGCUGAAUGUCCCGAGAAAGCUGAUGAAGACAAGGAGAAGAAAGGAUUCAAGAAACACUCUCACAAGAAGAGCCAUGACCGUCACAAGAAGAAGGAUUGGAAUAAGGACUCUGCUCACAAGAAGGAGGGGAAGUAUUAUUCUAGAGCACAUGUUGGUGAAUAG